GGUCGGGUGCCUGUUGGAGCUGAGGGGAGAGAAAGGCGUCGGCCUGGCUCUUUCCGCCCGUGUUCCCGAACAGGGCGCAGGACGAUGAAGGCCGAGAGGCGGCGGGUGCGGCGGAGGAGGAGCCCCGCCCGCGGCUGUUCCGGCGGCGGUUUCGCUUUUCCUUCCGCCGCGGUGGAGGCUGUUCCGUGGCGCUGGUGACUGGAGGCGAAAGGAACCCGGAACGCCCCGCCCCUUCUUGGAGGGACCGGCUGGUGGCAGAUCUAUCCUGUCCUUUCUCCAAGGAACUCAAGAUAGCAUACCUCUUCUCAUUUUGUCCUCACAACAGCCCUGUGAGGUGUCAUGGAUGAACUAGCUGAAGAUGAUAUUGAUAUUUUGAACCAUGAAAAAGCAGACACUCAUAAGAGAGAUGAAGAAAUCCCUAUUCCAAUGUAUACGGGAGAAGAAUCUGUUGCUUCACAUUUUGCACUUGUCACCGCUUAUGAAGAUAUCAAAAAACGACUGAAAGAGACAGAAAGAGAUAAUUCUUUCUUAAAGAAAAGAGUAAGGUGGCUAGAAGAAAAGCUUCUUGGCUCCCAUUUGGAAGAAACCACAAGCCCUGUAGGCCCUCAGCAGGUUAACAAAGCCUACGAAGCUUAUCGAGAGGCUUGUAUUGAACGAGAUAAUCUGAAAAGUAAAUUUGAUAAAAUGAUGAAAGAAAGCGCAGAAUCAUUGAAACUUAUGAAUGAGCAGUUGCAGUCUAAAGAAGUGGAGCUCCUACAGCUGAGAACUGAAGUGGAAACUCAACAAGUGAUGAAAAGUCUGAAUUGUAAUCCAUCCAGCUGGGAAAUAGACAAGCUGAAUAAUGCCCUUAAGGUACACAGUUUGGAGAAAGAUUUAGAGAAUCUGAAAGAAGAAUGUAAUGAUCUUCGAAAAGAAUUAAAGAAAUCUAUACGAAAGGCUCAGACCCAUGAAGGAAGUUUAAUAAAUGGAGAGUUUUUACAACAUGAGAGCAUCCAUAGUGAAAACCUUCAGCAAGCAUACUGGGAAUUGAAGAAGGAGAUGUCUAAUCUGCAUCUGGUGACUGAAGUGCAAGCUGAAGUGCUGAGAAAGCUGAAGCUGAUCCCAUCUGCAACCAAGAAAGUCUCGUCCUGUACACCUAUUCAGUGUAUUGAAGACCUUGAAAGGGACUUCACAAAUCUCCAUUUUGCUGCUCCCAGUGCGGCGUGUAAGAGGCUGCUUGCACCAAAUGACAAAGUUUUCAGCAGUGCUGUGUCUUCCCCACCGUAUACUGACGAGAGACUUAUCCCAGUUUGUAACUCUCCGUUUCAAGAACAUAGCUCUUAUGGAAAGAGCUCCCUGGAAGAUAAUUCUUGGGUCUUCCCAAGCCCUCCAAAACCUAGUGAGACAAUAUUUUGGGAAAUGAAAAGUAAAACGUCUAACCUAAACCUUUCAGAAAAUAAUUUGGAUCAGUGUAACCAAAACUGCUUACACAAGAGCUAAGAGCUUUAAGAGGAACUUGGUUGGGCUCCUGUGUGAGCAAGAGGCAAAUAGCUAAUGGGGAAGGAGGAGCCUGGUCACAAGUAAUCCAAGCUGGAUCUUAAUUUUUCACUGUAGUGUGACUUUGGAAAAGGUCUGUUGAAAUCUAAGGGAUGGCAUUCAAUGUAAGUCUGCUGUAUGUGAGUUUGCCCUGUUGUUUCUGAUUGCACACCUGCAAAUUGCUAGACUAUUAAACCUCUGAGUAAAACAAAAGCUGUACACUGCAGCUGUGUGAAUAACUUUGCUUUGGAAUACAGUAUGUUCAGACACUCCUUCAAGCUUUGAGAAUACAGUCUUCUUGGGAUUCUCAGGUAAAGCAUGCAGUUGGAAUGUGAUUUGGUUUUUAUCUCCAGGUUUGAAACUGUUACUGGUUUUUCAUGAUGUGUGGUAUCUACCGGGAAGAAAAUGUGAAUGGAUGAAAUGUUGAGACGUGUGUACUAGGACUCUUAAUUGAGAGUGUGUGCCCUCAUCAGCCUUAUUGUGAAUAUUGAUGUAGUAGAAUCUCUUUAAUAUGAGAGAUUCUGUGAUCUCAUCAAAAAUAGCAUUCUGUACACACUGCUGCCUCUUGCGGCCCAACCAAAAUGCAGUGACCAUUUGGGUGCCUAAUCUGCCAGUUACCAAAAUCUUCAUUUUAUAAUUUCUAAACCCAUUAAUUUUGCUUUGAUGUGGAAACCUCCAGAUGCCUUAAUAUAAGUACAUAUAACUUGAACCAUCUGAAAGCAUUGGCUGCUUUGAUAACACAUAACUACAAUCUUAAAUUCACAAGUGUCAUAUGUCCAAACCAUUACGUACUUGAGUGAUAAAGUCCCUCCCCAUUCAAAUAUCUUUACUGCCCUGGCUUUUCUUAUCAAACUCUAACAUGGCUUAAACAAAGUAUUUUGGGAUUAAAUACUAUGAUAGUGAUUAGUUAGUUUGUAGUUAAGAUUUAAUAGUAAAAUUUAUUAAUCCAUAUUAGCCUACUUUCAUUGAAAGAAGAGUGGAUGUCUUUAGGACAAGUAUAUGGAUAGAUUUCUAGAACUAGUUUUUCCCUGUUUCAAUCUUUAAGAUUCAGGGAGAAAAUAGCAAAUUAUCACUUUGUAAUUCUGGAAAAGUUGGAUGAAGGCCUGGCAAUGUAAUACUGGGCUAACCUGAUGUGUGACAGGAUUGCAUCUGAUCAUUCCAGUAUUACAAAAUCGUACCUUCUACCAGUUCCUCUUUGUUUCCACAUUUGCACUUUUUACAUUUGAAUCAGGCCUAAUAUCUCUUUUUCUUUAAUAAUAAAAAAUUCCCUGCUUUGGAGAUGUGGAAAUGUGGUUGUCUGCAGUAUUAGUACUGUACUGCAACAGAAGAACCCAUCUUCCUUUCCUUGCAUUGCAGGUUAAAGAUUUCAGUACUGGCUGCUUUAUUCCUUUUCAUAUAGCCUGGAGAGAAUUUUAUCUGUGGAGGAGGAAGAAAGGAUGACUUCUGUGUUAGUGAAUGGCAUACAUAAAUAAUAUACAUGUCAUUCACCAGAUACUAUGUUUUAUCUCUUAUCUUGCUCACGUAUCUUGGCUUGUCUGUGAUUAAUGGAAAUGGUGUUGGAUGCUGGAAUUUAUUCUGACCAAUGAACAUAGCGGACUCAAGGGAGCACAAUCUCCUGCAGAGUAAUAGAACAAAACCCAAUAUGCAUAAAAUAAAUCCAAGUCACUAGACUUUCGCUGACAGAACCAACUACCUGUGUAAUAACAAAGCAACAGAAACAAUUUCUCAUGUGGCUACAUAGCUCCAAUUUGUUUCUCAAAGUUGCUUCUUUGGUUUCAGAGACAUGGAUAAAGAACAUUCUCCAACCCACUUAACAUAUGAACAAUGUACUGAAGAAAUUGUCUUAUUUUUAAAUAAAUUAUUUUUGUUUGAAAACAGGGCUUUUUGUGACUGUGUGAGCGACAUAUGUUUGGCAACAUUAGUACUUAGUGCAUAAUUUUACA